AAUACAUUCCUAUGUUUCGCAUAUGGAGAAAUGACAUCAAUAUAAUGUUCUAAUUGAUAUUCAAAUCUGCAGCCUUUUCUGAAUGUGGUUUUAAAUUAAAGUUAUCAAUUUGUUAGAAAAAGAGACUGAAAGAAAUAAAAAAAAAAUAUUUCUUAGGUAAGGCAUUUUUUACUUUAAAAAAACAAACUACAAUUUAUAAAAAUAAAUUCGUUUCUGUUUACUUCUACCGCCUAUUUUUUUAUAGGGAACUUUAAAAAUCUUAAAAUAGAAACAUUACUGUAAUUAAUCUUACAAUCACUUGAUCAGAAAAUUAAAAGAAAAAGGAAAAUUAAAAAUAAUUAUUCCCAUAACAUAGCUAAUUAAUUAUUUUGAUUUAAAAGAAAGAGCAGACUUACUUUUAUAAUAUUAGUUAAAAGUUGAUUUAAAAAAAAAAUCUUAAACGGGUUCGUGCGAGACUAUUGUCUAAAUAAUAGGAAUCGUUCCACGGUUAGUCGGUCGUUGUUAUAGAACCCACAGAUGCUGGAAACUAGUAUAACAGCAGUUGGGCGCAACAAUUAUUUUUAUAAAGAUAGACAUACAGACACAAUUGCAAAUCUAAGAUUUUCCGGAUUAAGAAGGAUGAAAAACGUGAACAUUUGUCAAAAUCUCUACUGAGAAUUGUGGCACAACUACAAUACAUCCUUGAUUUUCCUUAUACGAUAUAAUAAACAAACAGUAGAGUUUCACACGAUAAAACAUGGCGAAUAAUAUGCCACAAUGUAUAAUUGUAGCAACAGUACUAGUGGCUACUGCUUCUCAAACGAGUGUUCGUUGCACCCUAGGUGAGCGCCUAAAUCAGGGGAAGUGUGUACCUUGUCAACCAAACACUUUCAAUGAGCAAGAUGCGCACCAGAAUGUCGACUGCAGGCCAUGCACACAAGCAAACAAAAACCAGCAUGAAAUCGUAAAAGAGAAUUGCACUCGCACCAAAGACUCCGCCAUAAUAUGCAAGCAUGGCUACUUUAGAGAAGAGAGGAAAGACGGGUAUGGCGAAUGCAUUAGGUGUACCUCUUGUGAAGCUAUUAAACAGUUUGAAGUCCAGAAGUGUGAGGAAUACAAUGAUACCACCUGCUGUCCACAGAAAAACAUGAACUUCAAGAACGGUCAAUGUAUUUUGUACUGUGGCAAAGGAGAGUUCCUCAACGAAGCAAGCGAACAGUGCCAACCCUGCCCUAAAGGAUCGUUCAUGUCAGAGGCCCAGCAUACCAACAUCGCGUGUAGGCCAUGCCGCGAUCACUACUACUACCAGUUCGCCCAUUUGACCAAUCCUUGUAACAAGACCCACCCUGGGCAGUUCGAAUGUAAUCAGAAUUAUUAUAAAGUGCCAUUAAAUGACGACGACUUUGAAUGCUCUCCCUGUACGGUCUGUUUCAACCACUCUGACAAACCGUACCAGAUAGAGCAGUGUGACCGGAUGACGGACACUUUGUGCUGCCCACAACCUGAUAUGGAUGCUCAAAAAACAAGAUCUGGCUUUCAAUGUCACUACCCAACAGGUGAACCGAAAACGAAUGAGAGAGUUCCAGAUGUAAAAGAGGACAGAAAUUUCAAGACAGAUCUCGGACAAAAGACAGUCCAAAUUCAAGAGAAACCAGCGACAGGCUUCAGAGGCUCAUCCUCGAACUGUGUCCACGGAGUAACAAAAUUUCUGUGCUUACUAUUUCUAUUCUUAAAUUAUUAUUUCUAAAUUUUGCUUUAAAGUGAAAGCUAUCUAAAGCUUUUGACAAGAAACAACUUACACCAUUUUUAAAAGUCAGUUUACUGUUUCAGUUCCCAUAAGACACAGCAUUGUAUAUUAUCCCCGCUGAAAAGAAAAUAGUAGGAUAUCACACCUCUGUCGAUUACUAAUUAAAGCUAAAACUAAUAGACAUAGGGUUAGGGGUGGAAGAGAGAUAGGGUUUAAGGAUAUUUUUAAAAUUAUAGAUAGGGAUAAGGUUAGGGAUGAGAGAAAAUUGAAAUGGAUAAGGUUAAUGAUAUUGUUAGGGAUAUUGUUCAAGUUGAGGAUAGAGAUAGCUAUAUUUUAGGGUUAAGGAUACAGCUAUGGUUGUGAAUAGUGAUAAAUAAAUAUGAUAAAUUUCGGGCUAGCUAUACAAUAUGCAUAUAGGCAUCAGAAAGAGUUAGGCCUAGCAAUAGGGAUAACGUUAGAGAGAAGGUUUGGGUUAUGUGUAGGGUUAUGUAUAUGGAUACCGAUAUGAUUUAUAUAUAUUUUCGUGGCGUGUUGUUUGUUAUUUGUGAAUUUUGUCUAGAUGUAGUUGUUUUUUUGGCUUCCUUUCACUA